AUGCAGACCCUCGUUUACUAUCUAACUACGGCUAUGGCCACCGGCCUCUUCACCGCGAAGCCAAGCAAAGCUUAUUCCGUCAACGGCGCCGAGGCUCGAGACAUCCCCAUUGAGACGCGACACUACUGGAUGAGAAGAGCCAAUGCUGCGCUUUUCGAGGUCACGGGAAAUCCAUGUCCUACACAAGCCUUCGGAACUGUCAUUGUGAACCAUACCGCGGGCGGCUUGGGUGAGCUCGUCUGCAUCGGAGCCAACGACGUUGCAUCCGGCAACCCAACCCUUCACGGUGAAACGGCCGCAAUUACAAACUGCAGCGCCAUCCUCACGGAUCCCAAUGGCCCGUACAAGCUGUCCGGCCACGAGGCCCUCAAAGCCUGGGCCGACCUCACCUUGUACACCAACGCGGAGCCAUGCCCCAUGUGCGCGUCGGCAAUUCGCUGGUCAGGCUUCAAAGAGCUCGUCUUUGGCACGGGAAUCAAGUCGCUCAGAGCAUACAACUGGAAAAUGAUGACUCUGCCCGCCAAAGACUUGUUCAAAUACACCACAGAACUGCCGACAGGAAGGACAACCAUCGCCGGAGGCGUCUUGGAGAACGAGACGGAUCCAUAUUUCAAGUGGCAAUACACCAGAGGCACCGACUGCCCCCCCGGGUGCAAGAGGAAGGGAGCAAAAUGUGCAUCCGAGGUUGGUAGCACAGCAAAGUCCGAGCAGCGAGACGCCGCCGGGGUGUAUUGGGGUUGGCAGAAACGAGGCGCAUAG